CUUGUUGCUCACUCCAGUCAAAGUGAAGGGUUCGCUCGUCUUUAGCAAGAAAUGGCAACGUCCGUGAAGCUCUACACAGGUGCAGAAAUGCCUAUAAUCGGGCUAGGGACAUGGAAAUCUGAGCCUGGAAAAGUGAAAGAAGCAGUGAAAGCAGCCAUCGCGGCAGGCUACAGGCACAUCGAUGGGGCGUUCAUCUACAUGAACGAGGUGGAGGUGGGCGAGGGAAUCCAUGACAUGAUCAACGAUGGAGUGGUCAAGCGAGAGGACCUUUUUAUCGUUAGUAAGCUGUGGUGCACCUUCCAUGCCAAGUCCAUGGUUAGGCAAGCUUGUGAGAAGACCCUCAGCGAUCUAAAACUGUCCUAUCUCGACCUGUAUCUGGUGCACUGGCCUAUGGGAUUCAUGGCUGGUGACGAAACAUUUCCUUUAGACAGCAACGGAGAAACAAUUCCUGAUAAGUCUGACUUCCUUCAGACGUGGGAGGGGAUGGAGGAACUAGUAGAUGCCGGUCUGGUCAAAGCCAUAGGCAUUUCCAAUUUCAAUCGGGAUCAAACUGAGCUUAUCUUGAACAAGCCGGGCCUCAAAUACAAGCCGGCAAAUAACCAGGUUGAGUGCCAUCCGUUCCUGUGCCAGGAGAAUCUGAUCAACUACUGCCAUUCCAAGGGCAUCACCAUGACAGCAUACAGCCCGCUUGGCUCACCUGACAGACCCUGGGCAAAACCGGACGACCCGUCACUUUUGGAACAUCCUGAUAUCAAGGCCAUAGCUGAGAAAUACAAUAAAACUUCAGCGCAGGUCCUGAUCCGCUUCCAAAUCCAGAGGAAUGUGAUUGUCAUUCCAAAAUCGGUCACGCCUGUCCGCAUCCAGCAGAAUUUCAAGGUGUUUGACUUCCAACUCAGCGAUGAGGAUAUGAAAACUAUUUUGGGAUUUAAUCGGAAUUGGAGAGUCUGUGCGAUGCAGUGGAGCAUCAAGCACAAGGACUACCCUUUCCACGCUGAAUUCUGA